AUGACUUUAGAACCCGAGGCUCAAAAUAGGAUUCAUUUAGCUAUUAAGUCUGAUGAUGUCGAAGCCGUUGAAGAUAUUUUACGCGAGUAUUAUACAGUUAAUCCAUUUUUAACAAAUGUUCCAAAAUUACCAAAGCAAUUGACAAAGUCACCAACGUUUGUAGAUGCAGCAGCUUUUUAUGGUUCUCUUGAAUGUCUAAAUUUCUUCCUCAAUGACGCACAACUUUCGAAACAUGUUGAUUAUCGAAAUAGAACUGCAGCUCAUUUUGCAGUUUACUCGAAAAACAUCGAAGUAUUUCAAACAUUAUAUAAAUAUGGUAUCAAUUUUGAUGCCAAAUCGAAAAAUCUCAAAACUCCAUUUCAUAUCGCCGCAAAAUACGGUUACUUAAAUAUAUGUCAUUAUCUUUGGGUUCAUGGUUGUUCUCUAUACACUACUAACUAUCAGAAUUACACCAUUUUCGAUUUUGCACUUUUUAAUGAACAAUUUCAAGUUGUAGACUUCUUAUUUGAUAUCGGAAUGGAAUACAAUCAAACACGUUCUAAAUCCUACUACAUCAAAGCUAUCAAAAGCAAUCGUUUCCAGUUAUUAGAAUAUCUUGCGAAAAAUCACGUUCCAAUGAUACCAACUAAGAGUGGAAACUAUCCAAUACACUUAGCAGUUAAGAAAGGAGAUAUCAAUUUAACGAUUUUCCUACUUGAAAACGGUGCAGAUCCAAUUUGUCAAAAUUCAAAAAGAAUUACUCCACUUCAUUUGGCAGCGAAAACAGGAAUUGAAGAAUUAGUAAGAGCUCUUCUUUCUAAGGUUAAAAAUAGAGAGUAUAAUCCAAUAGAUAGAACUGGAAAAACUCCUUUGCAAUGGGCAAUCAUUUCAAAAAGAAUUUCUAUAAUUAGAGUGUUUCUUGACUUUUUACUUGAUUAUGAAUCAGAAAUUGACUCUUUGUUGAAUGAGAUCCUGGACUUCGCUUAUAUUAAUGAUAAUGCUUUUGCUACAAUUCUGAAAGAUUUCUUUGUUUCUGAAUACAACUAUUUGGAUGUUGAAUCAUUCGAAGAAGAAGAAGACUUUAGUAAUUUGAUUUAA